AUGAAUGGUAUCUUUGCGAUCGAAAAGCCAAGUGGCAUCUCAUCGAGCCAAUUCCUGUUGAAAUUGCAAAAUGUGCUAAUGAAAAGUGCAGUGUUUUCCAAAGAAAUUCAGCGUGCCACUGCUGAGAGAAUGCAGCAGUACCAGCGCGAAACUGGCAAAGUCCCAAGCAAGAGAAAACUGCGCAACGUUUCCAAAGUGAAAAUGGGGCACGGAGGUACGCUUGACCCCUUGGCAUCCGGAGUACUUGUCGUAGGCGUGGGAACUGGUACGAAAAAGCUAUCCGAAUACUUGUCUGGCACCGUUAAAGUUUACGAAAGCGAGGCUCUCUUCGGUGUGUCAACUACCUCUGGAGAUGUAGAGGGAGAAAUACUAUCAAUGCAUGCCGUGGACCAUUUGACAAUGGAUGAAUUGAAGUCCUUGGAAAAAAAACUAGUUGGGUCUCUGAAACAAACGCCUCCAAUUUUUGCCGCCCUCAAGAUGAACGGCAAACCCCUACAUCAGUACGCUCGCGAAGGCUUGCCUUUGCCUAGAGCAAUUGAACCCAGACAAGUGGAAAUUUACGAUUUAAACAUUUUCUCAGACUCUUUGACUAGGGACCAUAAUUAUAAGCUAAUGAAACCUACGACGAAAGAGAGUGAAGAAAUAGUUUCUGAAUUGAGCCAGCAGAAGAAUUUACUUACGGACAAAUUAUAUUUUUCGAAACAGUUCUGCGAGUCGCAAGCUUGGGAUUCAGAAGAAGCCCGGGUAGAACCCCCAAUAGCGCUUAACGAUGAGCAGAUUCAACAGCUGGUCGACCAAGGCGACGACUACAAAGCGCCGCUGUUGCACUUCAAGGCUAAAGUGUCAUCUGGAACCUAUAUAAGGUCCCUAAUCAGUGACAUCGGCAAGGCCUUGAGAUCUUCCUCAUAUAUGGUGAAGUUAAUACGUUGUCAGCAACAAGAGUGGGCUUUGGAGAGAAACAACGUUUUCAACAUGGAAGAUUUCACCGCAAAUGACGAAGCAGUAUGGACUCAAGUCCUUGAAAAGGUGUUGGAGAAGGGAUCUUCAGUUGACGUGAAAGAGGAGUUAUUAAAUGCUCAAACCGUUUAUAAUGGUCGCAAACAAGAGCUAGAGGAGCAAGCCAAGGCUGACCUUGAAUGCGAAACAGAGCCAGAAUUGAGCACUGAAACAACAGAGCCCGCUACUAAUGGUGUAAAGAGAGGCUUAGAAGAUGACGGCGAUGAGCCUUAA